ACCCCCUGUGACAGUGAAGAAAUCUGCAUCAGCCCCUCUUCUCGUGAGAUGAGAUCUUUGACAAUAUAUGAUUUGUCCCUUCUUUAGAAAUUUGAAUACUUUUUUUUUUUUUUGGGAAAUUUUUUUUCUGACGCUUCUCUGUGGACGCACUGUGGGGGAUGGGGUGUGUUUUCUUGGAAAAUGGGCUUGUUUUUCCCUUCCAAAACCAAAACCCUUCCAUGCACACACAGAAUCUUCAAUGACUCUCUCCUCUCUUCUCUCUGCGAAGGAAACGCAUUUUUGUUCCCAUUAAAACCCCCCACAGCUCCCUUGUUUCCCUCUUUAUUUCUUAGGGUUUCGGUUUUCCCUCUCUUCGAUUUCCUCAUCGUCCUCUGGUCUCUGUUUUCUUGUUUUCCCACGUUCGCAAAUCUUCUUUUGCGAAUUUGAGAUGACCCAUUUACUGUGUUGUUCUGUUCUGUGGUGAAGAACCCCCCAUUGCGAUUUUCUUGUGUUUCUCGAUUCCUUUAGUUUCUUCCCUGUUUCUUGUUUCCCCCUUCGAGAUUUUAGGUGGGUUUCUCUGAAAAUCGCUUUUCGUUUGAGGGGUUGCUUCUUGAUCGCGCCUGUGGCAACAUUGAGAUGGAAUUUGUCUUGUAAGAGACUUGUUUCUUGGCUGAAUUUGGGUCUCUGUCAUGGGUUUGCUAGGACAUUGCAAUUUGAAGUCCCGCAAAAUCAGGUGUCUAGGACCCACUUCGCGAUUUUGGCCGAGAUGUCUGUAUAUUUAAGCUUCUGGGUCCUCUGAUUUGCGAUUCUCCCAUCGGCAUUCUGCAUUUUCAGUGUUUUUUCUUUUUCAGUUUUCCUUUUCGAUUGGUCUGUUUUUUAGAGUAUGGGUUGCGUUCUUGGCAAGUGUUGCACUUCCAGUGGCUACCCGCCGUCUUCAGCCGGCGACAUGGCGGAAUUCUACGACAGCCCGCCGUGCAGUUUACAUGGAAAACAUAUACUAACGGGAAGGUCAUUGGAGUUUGUUCAUGUGCCUUCUCACAACUACCAUAUGGAGUACUCGCUCCUCACCCAGCGUGGCUACUAUCCUGAUUCCCCUGAUAAAGAAAACCAAGACAGCCUCUGUGUCAGUACACAGAUCCGAGGUAAUCCAAACAUCCAUUUCUUCGGUGUUUUCGACGGACACGGUCAAUUCGGAUCACAGUGUUCGAAUUUUGUUAAGAGUAGGGUGGUGGAAAUACUAUGUAAUGAUCCAACAUUGUUGGAAGAUCCUGUAAAAGCUUAUAAUUCAGCAUUUUUAACCACGAAUGAUGAUUUGCAUAAUAGUGAGAUUGAUGAUUCCAUGAGUGGCACAACAGCUAUUACUGUGCUUGUUGUUGGGAAUACCCUUUACGUUGCGAAUGUGGGUGAUUCAAGGGCAGUCAUUGCCGUUAAAGAUGGGAAUCGAAUUGUUGCCGAGGAUCUAUCUCGUGAUCAAACACCAUUUAGGAAGGAUGAGUGCGAGAGAGUAAAGCUUGCUGGGGCUAGGGUGUUGACUAUUGAUCAAAUUGAAGGGCUUAAGGAUCCAGAUAUUCAGAUAUGGGGCGAUGAGGAGAGCGAGGGUAGCGAUCCCCCUCGGUUGUGGGUUCCUAAUAACUUGUAUCCUGGUACUGCAUUUACUAGGAGUGUUGGAGACCAUACAGCCGAGAAGAUUGGUGUCAUUGCUGUCCCUGAAGUUUCAACGGUUCAGCUGACUCCAAACCAUCUGUUCUUUGUCGUUGCAAGUGACGGAGUUUUCGAGUUCCUUACAAGUCAAGCUGUUGUUGAUAUGGCUGCAAGGUAUAGUGAUCCACGGGAUGCAUGCGCUGCUAUUGCUGGAGAAUCGUACAAGCUAUGGUUGGAGCACGAAAACCGGACAGAUGAUAUAACAAUCAUCAUAGUGCACAUUAAAGGCCUCUCUAAUUCAGGUGCUGUUGUUACCGCUGGGCUGAAUGGGGUCUGCAUAAGGCACACGAGUUCAGAGCGGGAAACUUCUGAGAUCUCCGCGUUCACUGGAAGUUCGGAGGUCUUUCGCUCCAUCAGAAGUGAUUUCUCAGAUCUACAGAUCUCUCAGCAUGUGGGUUUGAUGAACAGGAGUACAGCGAUUGUCGUUCCAUCUCCCGCACGGCACCGACCGUUGGAAGUGGAAGUGGGCUAAUGGGGGGUGCCCUUCCUCUCCCUACCGAAGAAAUCGCUCGUUUCACAGGUUAAGAAGCUCUCUUACUGUCGGUGUUGCUAAUAACAAUCCUUCUAACCACAAGAAGAGUAUUGUAAGUCCAAGGAAGAAUAUAAUGCUCUCCCUCUAUCUGUAGAGUUGCUCCAAGCUAAUUCUAACAAAACUACAAAAGAAGACAACUGAAAUAAGAUUAUCGCAUACUCGGAAAAGGCGGGUACUUGCAGAAGGCAGUACGAGAAAUCUAAGACGUUUUCCAUCGAACGGAAUUCGGAGAGAAGGAAACGGACAUGGUGGUGGUGAUUUGUUAGCUUCCUUCAUGUACACUCACUCUUAAUCUCUCUUGGGUUUGUGAAGUGUCCUUCUCUUGAAUUUAGUUGCAAUUGGAUAUUGUACAGAGAUUCUUGACUGCAUUCUGAUAAUAACAUAAUUUUACAGUUGUACGUGAAAA